AUGGACCCCAACUGCGCCUGCUCCAACCGUGGCUCCUGCACCUGCAAAGCCUGCAGAUGCACCUCCUGCAAGAAGAGCUGCUGCUCCUGCUGCCCUGCAGGCUGUGCCCAGUGCGCCCAGGGCUGUGUCUGUAAUGGAGCAUCAGAAAAGUGCAGCUGCUGUGCCUGAUGUCCAGGAGAGCCUUCCCCAGAUGUAAAUGGAGAAUUGUGGGCAAACCUGCAUUUUUAUACAACACUGACUUGAUUGCUACACACCCUUUCCUAUGAAAUAUGUGAAUGGUAAUAAAAGUUC